UAGCUAGCUGGCUAAAGUUACUACUGCUCUUGCGUCGUCUCGUCGGGGACUUUUGUCAGUAAAAUGCCUCAAGCUGCAGCUAUCAUCAGUGGGAUCCAGAGGAUGGUUCUGUAUGAAACCAGAGCAAGGUAUUUUUUGGUUGGGAACAAUCAUGCACAAACCAAACACAGAGUUCUAAAGAUUGACCGCACAGAGCCCAAAGACCUGGUGAUCAUCGACGACAAGCAUGUGUACAACCAGCAAGAGGUGUGCGAGUUGCUGGGCCGUCUGGACCUCGGCAACCGCACCAAAAUUGGCCAGAAGGGUUCCUCUGGCUUGUCCAGGGCUGUCACUGCCUAUGGCAUUGUGGGGUUUGUACGUUUCCUGGAGGGGUACUACAUUGUCUUGAUCACCAAACACAGAAAAAUGGCCGACAUCGGGGGCCACUCUAUUUAUAAAGUUGAAGACACCACCAUGAUCUACAUUCCCAACGACUCUGUCCGAGUUACACACCCUGAUGAAGCAAGAUAUGUGCGGAUUUUCCAGAAUGUGGACCUUUCAAGCAACUUCUACUUUAGCUACAGCUACGACCUGAGCCACUCGCUGCAGUACAACCUGACAUCGCUGCAGAGACCCUAUGAACUGUGGUCGUCAGCAGCUACUCCUGCUGAGGCAGAGGUGCACGCUCAGACCAAGCAGGACUGCUUCGACAUCUUCGAAGAUGAAGGUGUGCCUACUCAAGUGGUUUAUGGCCUCCAAACUGAGCCGUAUUACAAGUACGUGUGGAACGGGAAGCUCCUGGAGCGAGUCAAGGACAUUGUGCAUCCUGACUGGCUCAUGUACAUAAUCCACGGCUUUUGUGGUCAGUCCAAACUACUGAUCUACGGUCGACCAGUUCACAUCACCCUCAUUGCCAGGCGCUCCAGCAGAUUUGCAGGGACCCGCUUCCUGAAAAGAGGUGCCAACUGUGAGGGGGAUGUAGCAAACGAGGUGGAGACCGAACAGAUCGCCCAUGAUGCUUCAGUUAUGUCUUUUACAGCAGGAAGCUACUCCUCAUAUGUCCAGGUGCGAGGCUCUGUCCCGCUGUACUGGUCCCAGGACAUUUCCACCAUGAUGCCAAAACCCCCAAUAAGACUGGAUCAAGCAGACCCAUAUGCAACUGUAGCUGCCCUCCAUUUUGACCAGAUGCUGCAGCGGUUUGGCUCACCCAUUAUUAUCCUCAACCUGGUCAAGAAACGUGAAAAGAGGAAACAUGAGAAGAUUCUGAGUGAAGAGCUCUACCCUGCUGUGAUAAACCUCAAUCAGUUCCUCCCUCCAGACCACCGCAUUGACUACAUUGCCUGGGACAUGGCCCGCUACACCAAGAGUAAAUUAUGCAACGUUUUGGACCGCUUGAGCAUGAUCGCGGAGAAUGUGGUGAAGCGAACAGGUUUCUUCAUUAAUCGCUCUGACUUCUACUGUCACACCCUCAGACCAGACGACAGGUGGCGAGAUGUUGGUGGAUGUGUUACAUUUAAAGGACGUCUGCAAACUGGUGUGUUGCGGACCAACUGUGUGGAUUGUUUGGACCGGACCAAUACAGCCCAGUUCAUGGUGGGCAAAUGUGCGCUGGCCUACCAGCUUUAUGCUCUGGGAAUGAUUGACAAGCCGAAGCUACAGUUUGAUACUGACUGUAUGAGGUUGUUUGAGGAGCUCUAUGAGGACCACGGAGACACUUUAUCUCUGCAGUAUGGUGGCUCUCAGCUGGUCCACAGGGUGAAGACUUACCGUAAGAUUGCACCAUGGACUCAACACUCCAAAGACAUCAUGCAGACACUGUCUCGGUACUAUAGCAACGCUUUCUCAGACGCAGACAGACAAGAUUCCAUCAACUUGUUCCUCCAAGUUUACCAGCCGUCAGAGAACAAGCCGCACCUUUGGGAGCUGCCUACUGACUUUUACCUGCAUCAGACGAGCACCAUGGCCCUCCCGAUCAACAGACGCAGCUACACCCUGUGGUGGUCAGACGGAGUCAUAUCCUACCUUCCUGUUCCCUAUGAUGAAGUCACAUGUGAAGACACGAUGAAGAAGGUGAAAGUGAAGAGACUGAACCGUUUUGAUGAAAAUAUCGACACCUACACGGAAUUCUUCAAACCUUACGAGCUUACCUUCUUCGAUGACACUUUCUGUAUUGCCAUGACCAACUCUGCCAGAGAGUUUAUGCCAAAGUCGGUGGGAGUGGAUCCAAGUCCGUUCACGGUUCGCAAGCCAGAGGAAACGGGGAAAUCAGUUCUGGGAAAAAGCAGCAAGGAGGAGACAAUUCUCCAAAGGAAGACUGCAGCCAGCGCGCCUCCUCCUCCAAGUGAGGAGGCCAUCACCAGUACAUCCGAGGAUGAUUCUGAGGAGGACCGGGACGACGAGGGCUCGGUGUCCCAGCGCUCUACCCCCAUCAAACUGCUGACAGAGUCUGGGGAGAGCAGUCGCACACAGGAGGAAAUCCAGACUCGGCACACGAUUAAAGAACCGUACGGACUUGAUGCUGCUAAAUGUCCUGCUGACGAAGACCUGCUCAUUUACGAAAGGUUUGCACAUCUUGGAGAGAGCCAGCACAGUGUGGAGAAAACGGAACAGAUAAACUUGGCAAACAUCAUUUGCUUGGUACCGGUCUCACGCUUCCCAACCGACGGCGUCUACGCGGUUUCUGUUCCACAGGUGGACAGAGACAGUCGUGACGUGUUUGAGAGCCACGUGAUGGCGGGUCAGGGCCAGGUGAGGGCGCUGUGUAGGGACGACAUGCUGAUGUACCGGGAGUACGUCAAGAACAGAUACAUGUGAGCGCGACAUAACGGGAACGGAAA